GGGAGGGAUAGAGGUGUAUGGAAAGAUUCAUUGUUCUCCCGAGUAAACCCUAUUAUCUCUCCAGUUAAGCAAAGCUUUGGGACUGGCCUCUAACUUUAAGAAGGCAAGCAUGGCAUCAACUGCCCAGCGAAAAAGGAUGAGUCCUAAGCCAGAGCUUACUGCAGAGCAGAUACAGGAAAUCCGGCAAGCUUUUGAUCUCUUCGAUACUGAUGCAACUGGGACUAUUGAUGUUAAGGAACUUAAGGUGGCAAUGAGGGCACUGGGCUUUGAACCCAAGAAAGAAGAGAUUAAGAAAAUGAUAAAUGAAAUUGAUAAGGAAGGGACAGGAAAAAUGAAUUUCAAUGACUUUUUGACUGUGAUGACUCAGAAAAUGUCUGAGAAAGAUACCAAAGAAGAAAUCCUGAAAGCUUUCAAGCUCUUCGAUGAUGAUGAAACUGGGACAAUAUCGUUUAACAAUCUCAAACGCGUAGCCAAGGAGUUGGGCGAGAACCUCACUGAUGAGGAGCUGCAGGAAAUGAUUGACGAAGCUGAUAGAGAUGGAGACGGAGAAGUCAAUGAGCAAGAGUUCCUGCGCAUCAUGAAAAAGACCAGCCUUUAUUGAGAUUAUUUUCUUCUUUUCUACUACAAGCACACACAACUAGAUUUAGUGCCUGCCAUUGUGUGAAGCCUGGUUUUUGAAACAUAAGUAGGUUUUUCCCCACUAACCUCCCUAUAUAACUUUAGUAACAACCUCACAUCUAUUUUAGACUUUUGCAAGUGUUCUUUGACAAUAAAGUUCUUUGUGAGGUGACCUGCUGCUUACUUUAAUUCUCCAAAGCAGAACAAGAGCACACUAGAGUAGGAAAAAGGGUCCUAAAGUUUUCACCCAUCUGCCAUUCUGCCUUGUAUCGCUUCACUCUCAUCAUGCAUUGCCACAUUUAUGCCACCACAGAAAGACUUCUUAGACAUGCAUGUGUCGUACCUGUGUCACCACAAGCAGCAGGCAUCCCUUCAAUGGUUCUGGUUUUAAUUGACACCUGAGUGCAGCUUUCUCUUUAAAAAAAUCCAGUGAACUCUCUCACUUGCAUUUGGAUGUGUUUUUGCUAUUUGUUUUGUCUUGAAAUAAAGCCUUUCUUAUUUUGA